AAAUAACCGCGAGUCAUCAAGUACAGGGCAGAUUGUCUUCAGCUAGAUCUGCCUCUCUCUCCCCUUCUCGCUUUUCACCCUGUCGCUCCGUAAGCGUUUAAAAUAUGGGGUUGUCCUUUACAAAGCUUUUCAGCCGGCUCUUUGCCAAGAAGGAGAUGCGUAUCCUUAUGGUGGGUCUAGAUGCAGCUGGUAAGACCACUAUAUUGUAUAAACUUAAGCUGGGAGAGAUUGUUACUACCAUUCCUACUAUUGGAUUUAAUGUGGAGACCGUUGAGUACAAAAACAUAAGCUUUACCGUGUGGGAUGUUGGUGGCCAGGACAAGAUUCGUCCACUAUGGAGACACUAUUUCCAGAAUACGCAAGGGCUUAUCUUUGUUGUUGACAGUAAUGAUCGAGAUCGUGUUGUUGAGGCUAGGGAUGAGCUUCACCGUAUGCUGAAUGAGGAUGAAUUGAGGGAUGCUGUGUUGCUUGUGUUUGCAAACAAGCAAGAUCUUCCUAAUGCUAUGAAUGCUGCUGAGAUUACUGACAAGCUUGGUCUUCACUCACUCCGUCAACGUCACUGGUAUAUCCAGAGUACUUGUGCCACAUCUGGAGAAGGGCUGUAUGAGGGAUUGGACUGGCUCUCAAACAACAUUGCAAACAAGGCAUAGAAGGUAAAGUGAGUGCCAUCAUCUUUUUGAACAUUUAUCUAUAUAUAUUGGUUUUACUGGCCAGAUUAGGUUGGCUCUAAGUUUGCAUUUUAUUCUCCCCUAAAUUGUUGUGAACAAACUUGCCGGUAUGCACUUUUAGGUUAUUUCAUGUAAUUUCUGCUACACUCCAUGGAAUCUUCUUUAAAAUAGGCACUUACCGUGCCUGAAUUAGUUACUUUUUCUCAAUGCCUUGGGUUCUUCAAAUGAAAUUUAUAAUUUGAG